AUGAUAGCAGCUCCUAAGAUAUUUGAAAAUCAUUUGGCAGAAAAGAAUGAAUCCCCUGACUUUUUUAUCUAAUAGUUUUAUGUUGAGUGUCUCUCUACUUUUUCAUAUUACAUUGAAUCCAAAGGGGAAGUCGCAGUAAUUGAUCCUUUGAGAGAUAUUCAUUAAUAUAUGUAAGAUUCUUAGUGUUAUAAUUAGUGAAUUAUCAAAAAGUAGAAAUGCUUAAGUCAAAUGGAUAUUUGAAACUCAUUUUCAUGCAGAUUUUGUUAGUGGACAUAGAGAAUUAGCAAAUUUGACUGGAGCAACUAUUGUUUAUGGACCAACAGCUGUAGCAAGUUACCCAAUUAAAGAAGCUAAAGAUGGAGAAUUGAUUCCAUUAGGAAAUGUAUAAAUUAGAGUGGAUCAUACACCAGGACAUACAAUGGAAUCAAGUUGUUUUGUCUUAGUGCAUAAUGGAAAGGAUCAUUCUGUCUAUACUGGAGAUACACUAUUUUUGGGUGAAGUUGGAAGGCCAGAUUUAGCUGUAAAAGUGGGAGAAUUGACAGUUGAAAUGUUGGCUUCAUAUCUUUAUGAUUCAUUAAGAAAUAAAGUAAUGACUUUGAGUGAUGAUGUCAUUGUUUAUCCAGGUCAUGGAGCAGGUUCAUCUUGUGGAAAAUCAAUUGGAGCAGGUAAGUGUUGUACAAUAGGAAUGUAAAAGAAGAACAAUUAUGCUCUUUAAGAUAUUACAAAGGAAGAAUUUAUCAAUUAAGUUCUUAAGGGUAUGCCAAAGCCACCUUAAUAUUUCUUUCAUGAUGCAAAAUUAGUAAUUUUAGAUAAUUAUAAAUAUAGAAUAAAAAUGGUGCUAAUGAUUUUUCUGCUAUUUUAAAUGAAGUUCAGAAAGCCUUAACAUUUGAAGAAUUCAUGAAUCAUGUAAAGUAAGGAGCUUUGAUUUUGGAUACUAGACCAAACAUUUAAGAAGGUGUAAUAAAAGGUGCUAUUAAUGUUACAUUUAUGUCUGGUUUGGUAAAUUUUGUAGGAUCUAUUAUAAAACCAGAAACUAGAUUGGUGAUAAUUGGAAAGGAUGGAGAAGCAAAGGAUUCAAUAAUUAGAUUAUUAAGAAUUGGCUAUGAUAACAUAUUUGGAUAUUUGGAAGGAGGAUUUGAAGCAUAUAAAAAUAAUGGUGGAGAAUUAGCAACCUAAGUUUAAUUAGUUGGACUUGAAGAAUUUUGUAAUAUCAAUGAUAAUCCUGGUAAAUAAUUAAUUAUAAUAGAUUUAGAUGAUCAUGUUUUUGUUGAUGUUAGAGGAGUAGUAGAAUUAAGAGAGACUGGAUUUGUUAAAGGGGCUAUUUGGAUUGCUUUACCUGAGAUAGAAGGAAAUAUUGAUAAAAUACCAAAGGAUAAGAAAUUGCAUGUAUAUUGCAAGUCAGGAUGGAGAGCAAAGAUUGCUAUGAGUAUACUAGUGAGAAAUGGAUUUGAAAGGAUUAUGAUUACUUAAGAUGGGGGAUUUGAAGAUAUGUGGGGAAAAAAGUUGAUUGAAAAAGAUAACAUGUGA